GUGAUUCCCCUCUUGCUCGGGCGGCGGCGGUCACCGGCACACCGCUAGAAGCGCCGUUGAGCACUUCCGCUUCCGGCCACCGCGGGGUCGCCGGAUAUGGCCCAGGCACCAGCGCGCGCCGCUUCCGUCGUGCGGCUCUUCGACGCGCACUGCCACCUGCAGGACCCGCGUGUGCUGUCCGUCGCCCCUUCCCUCAUACGCGCCGCCACCGCCGCCGGCGUCGCGCGCUUCGCCGUCAACGGCACUUCCGAGAAAGACUGGCACCUGGUGAAGCAGAUGGCCGAGGAGUACCCGUCCGUCGUCCCCUGCUUCGGCCUCCACCCAUGGUGGGUACCGGAGAGAUCGCCGGAUUGGAUGGAUUCGCUCCGGCGGUUCUUCGCUGAAACACCAGAGGCGGCUGUUGGGGAGAUUGGUCUGGACAAAGGUUCACAUGGAAAAACCAUUGACUUUGGAGAACAGGUUGAAGUUUUCCAGCAGCAACUUGAACUUGCUAAGGAGUUGAACAAGCCUGUUUCUGUUCAUUGUGUGCGCGCCUUUGGUGAUCUUCUGGAGAUACUAAAGAGAACUGGACCUUUCCCAGCUGGUGUGUUGCUGCAUUCGUAUCUAGGAUCUGCAGAAAUGGUGUCCAGCCUUGAAAUUUUAGGCUGUUACUUUUCGUUGUCCGGCUUCCUUACAGGCAUGAAAUCCACGAAGGCAAAGAAAAUGCUAAAAUCAAUGCCCUUAGACAGAAUUCUGCUAGAGACCGACGCACCGGAUGCAUUACCGAAAUUGGAUGAUAUUUCUCUAUUAGCAGUACCUGUGGAUAGCUCAAGUGCAGAUAAUGGAGAAAGUAAAAAAGAUUCUAAUUCACGGGCAUCUACCACUUCAAAUGAGUCUUUGAACCAUCCAUCUAAUAUCCACAUUGUUAUGAAGUAUGUCGCCUCACUGCUUGAAAUAUCAGAAAUAGAACUUGCUGAAGUGACAUACAAGAAUGCGACCAAGCUGUUCUCUUAUCAUGGAUCCAAAGUUCACAAUGAAGUGGAAGCUGUGUGAUUGGGUGGGCAUCCAAUUUGAACCAUGUUGUUCCUCUGAAAUUAUGAACCCUGGUGCGUGCAUUCUGCCUCUGAACACUACCCGUUAUAUUGUACUCCCUCCUUUUUUUUUUGUUUGACGUUGGUUAGCUCAAAAUUGAACUAACCAACAUUAAACAUUUGGGGAAGGCGGUAGUAUAUUAGUAAUUGCAACAUAAAAGAAAGUGGUUAUUUCGUUAAGGAGGCACUAUCUUGGCAAUGUUGUCUAAGUGUGAUUUUACAUUUCUUGAGAGGAGAACAGCAGGUCAGCAAGGUAUCUAAAUAACUAUUAAAUGCACCACGACUGGCAACCAACCAAUGGUCCUGUCCUCUACUGGGGCUACCAUUUUCUAUGGCAAAAAAUGGAAACAGAUAGUCUUAGUGUUUUAUACCUUAAGUAGUGGGGGAUAGUUGCAGUGGUUUACACCAAAAAUAGUGGGGGCUUAUUAGCAAUUUGCGUAUUUUGAUUGGGCACUAAUAAACUGAAAACAUGACGCAAAAUGCUGGUUGUGACGGCAACUUCUGAAAGGAGCAGUUCGCGACCCAACAAGAAGCCUGUUACGGAACUGAUGAAUGCGUUAAUAAGGGUGGGUCAGUUAAUGGCAAAACAGAGGAGAUGGCAACAGAAUAUUGCCCAUCCGUAUGGUGCUGUGUUUCUGGACUUCAAUGAUUGGGCAAUUGUUAGUACGUAGCAAUUGCUUAUCAGGAAAAUCCAUAUUCACAUUGUAGCAUAUCAAUAAGGAUGUUGGACUGGAGCAUCUCUAUCUCUGUAUCUCGUCAUGUUCCAACUAGUUUUUAGUUUUGUCCUUUCCCCCCUUAAUCCUCUGCGCUUACAAGUGGAUCUGUGGAUGCACAAUGGCACCUCUUAUCACCGACAAUUCCGUGUUAUGUACUCUGUUCACAAAUAAAUAUAAAGAUAAUAGUAUAGUAUCU